CUAGUCAUUAGAAUUAUAUUUUCAUAUUGCUUUUUUUUGUGUGCCUUGGCAAUGAGUGUUCUGUUGCAGCAUACUCAUUCUGCUUCUGGAUGGGUAAGAGAGAUUCUUUUUGUAAAAGUUCAACUCCCACUGUACCAAAUUGCCCAGAGCAGUUUCUGAAAUAUAUGAUUGUUCCAUUACUAGUUGUUAUAUAGAUGGAUAAACAAUUGAAAGGAUGAAUAUUUCAAGAGUAAAUGUUAUAAUAAUCCAAGCUAGAAAUGAUGGAUAUUAGCAUUAGAUUAAAUGUUAUCAUAGUAAUCCAACUAGAAAUGCCAGGCAAAAACUUAUAUGUUUUGUAUAUACAGUAUUCUGCUUCAGAGCAAAGGAAAUUUACUCAAGAUUUGGAUGUAAAAAGGAAGCAUCUGAUAUCACUGCAUGCCUGGUGUCCUAAACAACUAAUACAACAGAGUUCCAUCUUGGGAUCAGAGAAUAUUGCUCAACAGACAGUUGAACCUGCUGGUACACUGAUUUUGGAGUUUCUAGCCUCCAGAACUGUGAAAGUAUGUCUUGGAAGACUGAUCCUAUGAGUCUAUAAAAGCAUUUGAACAUGUUACAGCCUGAUCUGAGAGUAUGUCAAUGCACAAGAACUAAUUAAAGGAUCAGGGUUAGGGAUGGGGCAAUACCAGUCAAACAACUAGGUGGAAUCUGUCAGUCACAGAGAUCCAGGUCACACGGGCAGAACACAAGAUACAGGAUGACUCUGCAGCUCCUGAGCACUGUACACAAGCAUGGAUGAGAAAAGUGAUCUUGUCCACACCACUCACAGCACUUCCUAAAUCUUGGUCCAGGCCCGAUCCCUUUGGACAUCUGCUUUACUUCUGACCAAACUGCUUCCUGGCAAGAGCAAUUGUCUCUGAGUACCCUCCUGCUAAAUAGUCUUUGAGACUCUGGAGAAUAAACUUUCUACUUCAGCACAGAUCUCAUUAGGUUGGCCAGACUGGCAUUGGAGUUGAGAUCUUCCUGAGUCAGCCUCUCAAGUAACUAGGAUUACAGGAGAUAUUCUUUGGAAUGUAAGCAUAAGGAGUAGAAAACAUCUGGCCUAUAGCACUCAGAUAGAAGGGUCAGCAACCUAAAUCAUCCAUAUAGCUUCAACCAGGAGGGAUUUUGCUCCACAAGAGAAGGCUAACAAUGUCUGAAGACAUUUUUGAUAAGGCUUUCUUCCUUUCUGUUGGCUCCCUGCUGGAUUUUGAGAGUGAAGUCAGACCCAGUUUUCUUUGGGGCUGAAAUUUCACCAGGGGUCUCAUAAUGGGAUUAAUUUUACGAUAUGCUACCGCACCAACUGACAUUGAAAGUGGCACAGUGUAUGACUGUGGAAAACUGAACUUCAGUCCAUCAACUCUUCUGGUUAACAUCACCGACAAAGUUUAUGAAUAUAAAUAUAAGAGAGAAAUAAGCCAGCAUAACAUCAGUCCUCACCAAGGCAAUGCAAUACUUGAAAAGAUGACAUUUGACCCAGAAAUCUUCUUCAAUGUUUUAUUGCCACCAAUUAUAUUUCAUGCAGGAUAUAGCCUAAAGAAGAAACACUUUUUUCAAAACUUAGGAUCUAUUUUAACAUAUGCCUUCUUGGGAACUGCCAUCUCCUGUAUCAUCAUAGGGUUAAUUGUGUAUGGUUUUGUGAAGGCUAUGAUAUAUGUUGGUCAGCUGAAAAAUGGAGACUUUCAUUUCACUGACUGUUUAUUUUUUGGUUCACUGAUGUCAGCUACAGAUCCAGUGACAGUGCUGGCCAUUUUCCACGAAUUGCACGUCGACCCUGACCUGUAUACGCUCUUGUUUGGGGAGAGUGUGUUCAAUGAUGCAGUGGCCAUCGUCCUCACAUAUUCCAUAUCCAUUUACAGCCCCAAGGAGAACCCAAAUGCAUUUGACACAGCGGCAUUCUUCCAGUCUGUGGGGAAUUUCCUGGGGAUCUUCACCGGCUCAUUUGCAAUGGGGUCUGCGUAUGCUGUUGUCACAGCACUGUUGACCAAAUUCACCAAGCUGUGUGAGUUCCCAAUGCUGGAAACAGGCUUGUUUUUCCUCCUUUCUUGGAGUGCAUUCCUGUCUGCUGAGGCUGCCGGCCUAACAGGGAUAGUUGCUGUUCUCUUCUGUGGAGUUACACAGGCACAUUAUACCUACAACAAUCUUUCAUCAGAUUCCAAAACGAGGACUAAACAGUUGUUUGAAUUUAUGAACUUUUUGGCUGAGAACGUCAUCUUCUGUUACAUGGGCCUGGCGCUGUUCACCUUCCAGAAUCAUAUUUUUAAUGCUCCUUUUAUACUUGGAGCCUUUCUAGCAAUUUUUGUUGCCAGAGCCUGCAAUAUAUAUCCCCUCUCCUUCCUCCUGAAUCUGGGACGAAAACAGAGGAUCCCCUGGAACUUUCAGCACAUGAUGAUGUUUUCAGGUUUGAGGGGAGCAAUCGCAUUUGCCUUAGCUAUUCGGAACACAGAAUCUCAGCCCAAACAGAUGAUGUUUACCACCACGCUGCUCCUCGUGUUCUUUACUGUGUGGGUGUUCGGAGGAGGGACCACCCCGAUGCUCACUUGGCUUCAGAUCAGAGUUGGUGUGGACCUGGAUGAAAAUCCAAAGGAGGAGCCCUCUUCACACCAGGAAGCAAAUAACUCGGAUAAAAGUGUGACAAAAGCAGAGAGUGCCCGGCUCUUCAGGAUGUGGUAUGGCUUUGACCACAAAUAUCUGAAACCAAUUUUAACCCACUCUGGUCCUCCGCUGACCAGCACACUGCCAGAAUGGUGUGGUCCUCUCUCCAGGCUGCUCACCAGCCCUCAGGCCUAUGGGGAACAAUUAAAAGAGGAUGAUGCGGACUGCAUUGUGAACCAGGAUGAACUAGCCAUGACUUUUCAGGAGCAAACCUCCAUACCCUGCAGUCCUUCUCCAGGGCCCGUUGUGGACCAGAAAGCUUCGCCCCAGACUCCAAGCAAGGAAAACAUCUAUGAGGGAGACCUGGGCCUAGGAGGCUAUGAACUCAAGCUUGAGCAGACUCUGGGCCAGUCCCAGAUGAAUUAAUUGGCAUGAAGAGUACAGAUGUAAUCACAAGUAAGGCAAGGCACACUGAGGACCACUAGCCAAGAUUGGCAAGGCUGUGGAGAGGAGAGGCUGGAAAGUGUAUUAAAAGCAUAAAUUGGAGAUAAUCAAAACCUUGCCUGGUACCUGCAGAAAUGAGAAUUUAUUAUCGUCAUUUUAUAUUAUACAGUUGAUUUUAAUUGUUUAUCAGCAGCCAUUUUUACUACUGGAUUGGGUGGGGUGGGGAACAGGGCAUCAGGAGCCAUAUAUGCUGGGUGUGCAGGGCAUAUCUGUUCUGUGGACAGCUCUCCAGGCCCUUCACUUGGAUUUUGAACUUUAUUCCCUUCAUGAAGGAGAGUUAAAAACAAGAAAAAGAGCUCUUGGCCAUAAGCAUGUUUUGCCUACCUUGAAGGGAAUGUCCAGUUGUUUAUUAAGUGAUAAGUUUUAUAUUCUUAGGACUUGACUUUCUCUUGUUCCACACACCCCUGGGAUUGUGUACAGAUCCAGGGAAAUGUUCAGUGCCCACUUCUGAUGGCCACACAGAACCUGCACAGAAUUGGGAACCUACUGUUCUGGGCAGCAACCUUUUCACGUUGCUUCUGCCCUUGGUGGAAGGGAUCAUACACAGCAGGGUGUGCCUAUGCUAAAUGCAGUGUCGCUUUCUGGCUGGCUAGGAAUCUUUGCAGCGAAAGCUGGAUUCUUUUCCAAUAUGAUGUUAUACCUGCAGAAUGAGCCUUCCUUCCUUGCUUGCUUCCGCUUCUUGGUUCUGCAGUGAGGCCCCUCUGUAUGCUGGUUAAUAAGAUUUCACUGCAAUAGCUGUUCUCCACAUGGUGGGAGACUGUGUAGGAACCCCAGCCUGUCCCCCAGUUCAGCACUCAGCUGGUCGGCAGCACAGGAGCAGGGGUAGUGAUAAAUGGGUCAGGCUGAGGAGCCAGGAGCAAGACAUCACAACUGCUUCUUAUACAGCAUGGCUCAUGGCCCGUGUUGGAGAGGCCAACACAAUAGCUUUUCAUUCCGGUGCAUGACCUGUGCCCUUGAAGCCAGAAGACACCUCAAGCCUAGCUUCUCUUGAAAUACAAAUGUUAAUAGUAGACUCCAGGCUGGGUGUGGUGGUGCACACCUGCAAUCCCAGCACUCAGGAGGCUGAGGCAGGAGAAUAGCCACGAGUUCAAGACCAGACUGAGCUACACGGUGAGAUCCUGUCAGAAAAAAAGAGGGAGAGAAUGAUACACUCCACAAACCAAGCUCCAGACCUAGGUGCCCAGGCUUUGCUGUGUCUCCAUUUGAGCAAGGCAGAGAAUGAUGUCUUCUCAAGCCUAGUGUUUAAAUUAAUGUACGCUUUGAGUACUACUUGUUAGGCCUUAAACAUUGACUGUGGUGGUAUUGGGCAUACUGCUAUGUGCAUCCGUUUUCUUGCUUUCCAAAUAGUAGAUUCUGGGGGAACAAAUUGUUUUAUACUCAUCUAAGUACCUGUCAUUCCAGGUAAAAAUGACAAGUGGGGAAGCAUGAUGCUUUCUAAUUUCUCUUAAUCCUAAUAAAAUUUUGCUAUUAAGUGUAA